AUGAGUAACGAGAGCCACCCAUCUCCAACAGGCUCUUCGUCUUCAUCAUUAUUCGGCGGUGGUGGUAGUAAUAUUGCUGGUGGUAGUGGACCUUCGCCUUAUCCCUCACCAUCAAAGCCAACUUGGGCACAGAUUCUGAAUUCAAAUUCAAAUCCCCAAUCGAAUCCGUCUACAUCGACAACAACAGUAACAGCACAUAACGCUGCGACUACAUCAACAUCAGGGAAUAACAGUGGUGGUGCUCUUGGCAAUCCACCUUCGUCACCAUCCCCAUCAUCUCAACAAUCCACUACAUUGACUUCUGUUGGAGGUACACAGGUAUCAGGGACCUCAAAUAUAAUAUCGACGACCACAAGCAUUUCAUCGUCUCAAGUAAAAUCUUCAAACAGUGGGGCAUUUAAUUUUCCAGGAACGCGUAGUGAUUUCAAGCAAAAUUUUUAUGAUCAACAACAACAAUCUGAAAUGAAUUGGCCCUUAAAUUUUAAUCAAACAUCAUCAUGGAUGAUUGAUGAUGAUACACAACGACAUACAAAUCUCGCUGGUUCUUCAUCAAAGCAAUCAGUUGAUUCUAAUCGCAAUACACCAGGUGGUGGGGAUGGCUUUGAUCGACUUGAAUCCUCCAGUCCAACAUCUGAUUGGGGUAAGCCGGUGACAAACAAUUCAGCUGCUAAUGGUUGGUCUAACUUUCAACAACAACAACAAACAGUUAAUAAUCCGUCCAGAUCAAACGCAGUGGGAAAUAGCAAUACAUCAAGUAAUCAAUGGCCGGAAAUGAACAAUUUUUAUGGACCUAAUUCAUCAAAUAAUGUUCCAUUUAAUUUACCUCAAAAUAAUAACGACAAUCUAAACAAUAAUAGUGCAUCAUCAACAUGGCAAGAUCCUUCAUUGUCGGGUAAUGCUAAUGAUACGCUUACAAUGACAACAGGAAGUAUCAAUAGUUCGGUGAUUAAUAAACAUAAAUCUUCAUCGUCAUCAUCGAUAGCAGCUUCGUUGAGUGGUGCCCUUAAAUCAGCUAUUGCUCUUGGUGGUGCAAAUGCUGAUCUUCUCGGCCGUGAUAGUGAUUCAACAAUAGUUUAUGUACCACAACCGAAACUUGUCGAACAAUUAGGCUGGGAUGAACCUGAUAUAAAAGUAAAUAAACGUCCAAAUUUUGAUGAUGGUACAUCGAUAUGGGGUGAUCCAAUCGAUUUAAUAUCAAUGCAAGUUAAAAAAUGGACCAAUGGAACAAAAGCAGCAUUGACAAAUUCGACAAAUACUAUUUCACAACAACCAGCAGCAAUCGUUCAAAAAAAUGUUCCGACAAAUAUGCAAACUUCGAAUUCAACAAUAACUAAUUCACAAAUGGUGCUCAAUGAUGAAAAUUGGCCAAAACAACAAUCACCAAUUUUACCACAGCAAUCAACAUCACAAUGGAAUGAUACAUCAUCAGCAGUUGAACAACCAACUUCAUCAUCAACAGCACAACCAACAAAUUAUCGUACGCAACAAUCAGCACCAUCGAAUUGGAAUGCUCAACCACACCAGUCAGGUCAUCAUGGUUCAGAUGAUUGGUUUCGUGAUGGUGUCGUUGAUACAAGUGAUUGGGGUUUACAAGGUUCACAAAAUAAGAUUCCGUUUGAUCCACACGAAGGUCAAGUUGAUACAAGUAGUUGGGGAAUACAAGGAGGUGCUGGCGGAGGCAUGGGCGGACCAUUAGGUAUGCCACCAAUGAAUCGUCGAUUUAUGAAUGAUUAUGAUCCUAAUGAAAAUACACAUGAUCCUCAUGGCAUGCAUCGUAUGGGUGGCUAUGAAAAUCAAUCAAUGGGUGAUAUGUAUCGACAAGGACCGGAUCUUAAAAAUCCUAUUAUGGGUCUCGGAGGUUUAUUACCUUCAUCAGGAAAUGCUCCACCACAUCACAUGCUACCACCUAAUCAACUUCCAUUUGCUCCACGACCUAGUCCACUUUAUCAACCAAAUAGUAUUCCACGACCCAUGAAUCCAAAUAGUAUUCCAACACAAUCCGGUGCUAUUAUGGGAACAGGCAGUCUUAUAUCACCAAAAUUAUCGACAACAUCACCUGUACCAAAUCAAGCACCGUAUGUUCCACUAGCGGCUAAACAAAAUAGUAUGCCAACACCACAAUCUCAAACACCCACAUCUCAACAACAGCCACAACCAGGAGCAGGACCUGUCAAUAGUGGUGCAGUACAUGCUCAAAUUAUGCAACAAUUUCGUCUUGCUGUACAAGCCGGUUUAAUUAGUCAAGAUUUGCUCAAUACAAAAUUACCACCAUAUAUGUUACAGCUUCUUCAAAAAUUAUUCGAACUUCAACAAAAAUAUCAAUCAUUAUCAAUUCAAUUAUCGGAUUUUUCUAAACAUAAACAACGUUUUCCAAUAACAUUUUUUCAAACUGAAUACGAACGUUUAUCAAAAGCAAUAACACAGAAAAAACAAGAAAUGUUACUGGUACAAAAACAAAUUCAAGAUGCACAUGCUAAACUUGCACAACAACAAUCAGGUGCACCGACACCAACUCAAAUGAUGUCAAAUGGUCCUGGUGCUCAAAAUCAACCACCAUCAGGUGUAUCAUCUACGCAAUCUCAAGAUCAAUUAGCUGAACGGAUGCAACAUUCAUUAAAUGUUGAUCAAUCACGUUUACAUCAAUGGACUAAACAGCAAACAUCAACACGAGGUGCACAAUCGUCAUCAUCAAUGUUUGGACCACCUGGUUUAACACAAAAAGAUUGGCAAACCAGUGGAAAUAAUUCAAAUGAAAAUUGGGAAAAUAACCAAACAAAUGACUCAAAUAAUAAUAAUAAUAAUAAUAAUAAUAAUAAUCAACUUGGUAAUAUGGAUCCACAUUCACGUAAUAAUCAAGGAUCAUCGGCAUUUGGUGAUGCUUUAUCGGAAUUUGUCGAUGAUGCAGAUGGACCACCACCAUUCAUACCUGGCCAAUUAUGGAAUUGGAAAGCAUCGUUACCCAAUGUUGAAGAUGAUCCUCAUGUUACACCAGGUUCAUCAACGAUGGGUCCAAAAGGACCAUCAUCAUCUAUGGGUAAUCUCAAUGUUGGCGGAGCAGAAAGCGCCUUUUCAAAUCCUCAAUUACUUCAUCAGAUGCAUCGUCAACAAGCUAAUCGAUCACAAUGGCAACCAUCAUUACAUGAUCAACAAGGUUUUCAAUCAUCAAUGAAUGAUUGGGGUAAACCGCAUCAAUAUCGAGGUACGUCAAAGCUACCAGCAUCGCUCAAUCAUCCACCACCACCACACGCGUCUUUCGGCGGCUAUCGACCCUAUAUGUAA